AUGGGCAAGAAGCCGUGCAUAUUUGCGCGCCUUUCUCUUCUGUUUUUGAUAUGCUCAAGCUGUGCUUGGGUGGGCAAUGGAGCGGCUGCACACAAGCUAUGGACGGGCCCGGUUGAGCGGAGGGGACAGGUCGGAGGAGCGGCAGGGGCCGAACCGGCAUGGAGAAGGAUAGCCGGUGAAGCGGAUGACCUUUAUCCCCCGUCGCCGUCCGCCGAGCCGGCCCACGCCGCCCGGGACGGGUGCCGGGCCAUGAUCACGCCCGCCCCUUCGCUUCUCGGUCGGCAGGACCAGGGACAGAUCCAAGCGCUCAGCAACCAGCUACAACAACUCAGCGAACAAUCCCGGUCCGUCAGCCAGUCGAGCCAACAGCUGAGCCAGUCACUCCAGCAAGCGACACAGCAGCUCAGUCAGACCCAGCAGUCCCUGGCAAGUGCCCGACUGCAGCAGAGCGCGGCCGAGUCGGCAUCGCGGUCCAUGUCACAAGCAUCGGCAGAUGCGUCACGGCGCGCGGAGGAGGCCAGCGCGAGCGCCGAUCGUGCCAUCUCCCAAGUGAUGCAAUCGGCCUCGCAGAGCGCUAGCCGUGCGCUAUCCAGCAACAUGGCAAGCAUCACCAGCUCGAUGGGCGCCAGCUUCUCGAGUGCGCUCAGGCUGGCCAGCCAGAGCGUAUCAGAUGCGAUGAGGUCGGCUGCAAGCGUGGCACAGAAGGCGCAGGCGGACGCGACGGCGCUUAGGAACGAAGCCAACAGCCAAAUCCAGCAGGCCCAGGGGGCGGCGCUCACGGUAACGCAGACCGCUCUUGCGGUGGUUGGAGGCAUCAUCGGAUCCUCACUGCUGACCGGCGUCGGAUUCGUCCUCGUCCUCCGUCACCGCCGCAGGAAGCGCCGGCAGCAGCGCAAUGAUGGUCCUAACGCAAACACCGGAUACCCACAGCUUUCCAGCACCUCCAACAAGGCCUAUUCGGUCGCAUCCCUCAAGAAAGGCUACGCCGUCACGAGCGACGACGACGGAAGCAGUAGCACCUAUAGCACCGACGAGGACAACAACGGGUUCAAGUUUCCGGUGGGCACUAGCAACAACGACAUCCAGCGACCAUUACCGGCAAGAGUCAACACAAUAACAAUACCACCACGGAAGAAGCCCGGUUCCUGCGUAGGCGUGGGCUACGCAGUCAGCUAUUACAGCCCGCGCACCAACCAAAGACAUCCGUCGUUCCAUCUGGGCAACCCGCCCCCUCCCCGUGCCGCAGACACAGGCACAGACACGGGGGCAGGCGCAGGUGGAGGGAAAUUCGCUCUGUUUCCCUCGCGAACAGUCGCCAGUACUAUGGAUGCUGGGAAUAAUCUCGGAAAUGCCACCAGCACCAGCACCAGCACCGGCACCAGCGCUGGUGAAGAUAGUUCCUCCCCUCCCGGACCAGAGAAAGAGUCGUCGUCAGCUAGCGGGACCCGGGUGGGGCAAUUGGGGGAGGGCAGGGAACCCAGGGUGGUGUCAAAUGGGGCAGCGACGCCGACGCCGACGCCGACGCUGGAGAGGUGGAUGAGGGAUGGGACGAGCGUCAGCCCGUUUUCGACGCUGAAGCGCGCCCCUCCUGGGCCGCCAACAGGGUCUGGGCUGUCCGGGUUGCUGGGUGGUGGAAGGAGGUGGUGA